CAGGGUUUUGUGCAGAAUUUCCAGAAAUUAUGAGAAGCAAUCUAUCAAAGCUUGAAACAAGAAGGGAGGUAAGUGUAAUAUAACCAAGAAACAGCCAGCACAACAAGAGGAUCAGCACAACUUUUCCAACAAAGCACCACCGUCCGAACGGUGGUGAUGGCGUCCAGAUGGUGGCCCUAGGCGGUUUGAGUUGAUCCCCACGUCCUGCUUGAUUUUGCCUAUAAAUAUGUGUGACCCUCUUUCAUCUUCAGCCGGUUGGAAUGGGAGCUCCAAAGAAAGUGAAAAGAAGAGAAAAAGAGAGAAAGUCAUAGAACAAUUCAAGAUCCGGUCCGUCCUACUCUCCAGCCAAAAUUCUGUAGUUCUACCUUUCAUUUAUGUCUUUCUACUUGGUGAGUUGAACUGCUGCCACCUUUGUGUCUUAACUGAUAUUAAGGGUGAUUGUAUUUCAAUUAUUCCUUGCGAAAGAAGUGUCAGUCUUUAAAUUUUAUUU